GGAGUGCGAAGAAGCAAAAGGGAUAACAGAAGUUGAAAGCUAAGAACCGAAUAAACACGAACACAAUUAUAGAAUUUUCGUUUUCCCUAACGUUACGAAACAAACACAAACACAACAUUGUCUCCAAACAUACACACUAUAUAAUCUAUCUUACGUUGCUUCAAAUUUUGUGAUUUUUUUUAUUUAAUGGUUGAUGCGUUUUUAAUUGGAUGGGAGCUCAAAGGAGCAUCCAUGCUGGCAAAGCAAAGAUUGAUGUUAAUGUUGAUUUUACUCACAAUCUUUGUGCUUCUUUGAUGCAUAAUACCUUCAGGAAUGCUGGCAAUCCUCUUUCACUUUUAAUUGGGAGUCUCUGCAUAAAACAUCCGAACUUAUUUGGUGGGAGUGAGAAGCUUCAUGUUUCAUGUGACAAGGGUUUGUAUGAUUCGAAUGUCUUAGUCGCUUUUAGAAGGCCACGGGAAGAAUGUCUUGCUCAUCAAUCUUUUGUAGUGCAGCAUUCUCUUUCACCAGAGAUUGGAAUCCAUGGUAUACCUAUAAAAAAUUUCUCCCACUCAGGAAGUGGAGGUGUAAAUUUAUCUAGAAUAUCAGUCGGGAUGGACCUGAAUGAACCUGCGAGUUCAAAGUGGAGCAGCACAACAAGCAUAAAAUUUGAGCAUGUUCGUCCAUUGAACGAUGAUGGUCACAAUAUAAGUAGGGAUUGUGACGGAUUUCCUUUGACUUGCAGUGGCAGUCCACAUGACAGUAUGGUAGUGUUAAAGCAAGAGUCUCGAUACACAAAGGAAAACGAUCAUAGCUUUUUUCAUUUUAAUCUUCAAAUAGAACAAGGUAUUCCAGUUCUUUCUAAGUGGAUAAUUUUCAACCGAUUUAAGUUUGUUGCUUCGAAAGGAAUUAAACUUGGACCGGCACUUCUCUUGACAAGACUUUCCGGUGGUUCAAUUGUGGGGGACAUGGCUCCUUAUCAAGCAUUUUCCAUUGGCGGGAUUGGGAGUGUCCGAGGGUAUGGUGAAGGAGCAGUCGGAUCUGGGAGAUCAUGUCUGGUGGCUAAUAGCGAACUGAGUCUCCCUUUGAAUAAUAUGUUGGAAGGUGUGGCUUUCAUGGAUUGUGGAACAGACUUGCGGUCUGGUUGUCUUGUACCUGGAAAUCCAGCCUUAAGGCACGGCAAACCAGGAUCUGGUAUUGGAUUGGGAUAUGGACUUCGAUUUAAAUCACAGUUUGGUCAUUUUCAACUUCAUUAUGCUAUUAAUGCAUUUAACGAGAGGUCACUCUAUUUUGGCCUACCCAACCUUGGUUCAUGCUAUUAAUGCAUUUAACGAGAAGACACGACGAAGUCCUAUAGAAGAUGGAACGAUAAAGUUACAGAUGCUGCAAUAUUUUGUCAUCAACUCGUAUAGCAAUGUGAAAUGCAUUCUCUUUAUUUCUAACUCCGCACUGUAUUUUGCAUGCGGAGAGAUAAAUAGUUACUGUAUUCAUUUUAUUACAAUUCAUAGUGGUUGGAAAAUUUCUUGGCAUUUUUUAAAGGCUUUUUGUUUAUGGUAAAUGAGUGCAAUGCAGUCACAACUCACAAGACCAAUCCAAACAAACAAUACACAAGGAAAUGCUGCCUGAAAAUUUUGUUCAAGUGAUAUCUUAGGUUUUAAGCUACAUA